CCUUGUUCAUAUCGAUAGCUUGAAGCCUCAGUAUCAAUCUCGUUGUGGAAGAUGAAGGCAAACUUCAAGUUCCAGAACCUCUGCGGGACCGUCUAUCGUCAGGGAAACGUCGUCUUUACGCCAGAUGGCAACUCGAUAUUGAGUCCUGUAGGGAACAGGGUAUCGGUCUUUGAUCUCGUCGGCAACAAGUCCCGGACGUUGCCAUUUGAGAACCGGAAAAACAUCCUCUCCAUCGCCUUGUCCCCUGAUGGCAAUGUUCUGAUGUCAAUCGACGAAGAUGGACAAGCUCUACUGGUACACUUCCGAAAGGGGACGGUCCUGCACCAUAUCAACUUCAAGGCUCCCGUACAUGACGCCAAGUUCAGCCCGGACGGAAAGUAUAUCGCCAUCACGCACGGCAACCAGAUCCAUGUCUGGCUCACCCCCUCUCAUCUAGUUCGAGAGUUCGCUCCGUUUGUGCUACAUCGCAAAUACACUGGCCACUCGGACGAUGUGACGCAUAUCACCUGGUCGAAGAGUUCACGGUACUUCAUCACCGCUUCAAGGGACAUGACGGCGAGAUUAUACACGCUGCACCCGCUCGAAGGAUACAAGCCGAAAACUUUUGCUGGACAUCGGGACGCAUUGGUCGGAGCGUUCUUCAGCGAGGACGAGAAGAGUAUCUUUACCGUGUCCCGUGACGGUACCGCAUUCACAUGGCAAGCCAAGAAAAAGACAGAAGAGGAUGAAGAUGAGGACGAGAUGGAGGUCGACAUCCUGGACGCACCAGACGGUAUUGCGUCGACCUCGGCUGCGGCUGCCGAUGCCGUCGUCGCUUACACACGAUGGGGGAUCGCCAAACGGGACUACUUCAGCCAGACCGGCGCUCAGGUCGUCUGCACUACUUUCCAUCAACGUGCUUCCAUGCUUGUCGUCGGGUUUUCGAGCGGAGUGUUUGGACUGUGGGAGAUGCCAAGCUUUACCAACAUCCACACGCUGUCGAUCUCGCAAGAAAAGAUUGCGGCCGUCGCCAUCAACCCCACAGGAGAAUGGCUGGCUUUCGGAGCGCAGCUUUUGGGACAAUUGCUCGUCUGGGAGUGGCAGUCGGAGAGCUACGUGCUCAAACAGCAGGGCCAUUACUUUGACAUGAACACGCUAUCGUUCAGCCAGGACGGCCAGAACGUGGCUACAGGAGGCGAAGAUGGCAAAGUCAAGGUCUGGAACGCAAGAAGCGGGUUCUGCUUUGUCACCUUUGGUGAACAUUCGGCGAGCGUAUCAGGAGUGGAAUUCGCCAAGCAGGGACAGGUCCUGUUCACCGCCUCGCUAGACGGAACGGUACGGGCGUACGAUCUCGUACGGUAUCGAAAUUUCCGGACGUUCACAUCUCCUACGCCGGUACAAUUCUCGAGCUUGGCCGUCGACCCAAGUGGAGAGGUCGUCUGUGCCGGAUCUCAGGACAGCUUCGAGAUCUUCAUGUGGUCAGUGCAAACGGGGAAAUUGCUCGAUGUCUUGACCGGUCAUACGGCUCCGAUCGGCUCGCUAGCCUUUUCGCCAUCAGGAGCACAGCUCGCUUCGGCUUCGUGGGACAGCACUGUCAGGACCUGGAGCGUAUUCGGUCGUUCGCGUGCGACCGAGCCGUUCCAAUUGAGCUCAGAGGUGUUGUCAGUGGCUUACCGACCGGAUGGCAAAGAGCUAGCCUGUUCCACGCUAGAUGGCCAGAUCACAUUUUUCGACGUCACUGAGAGCAAGCAAACCAGCGUCAUCGAGGGACGGAAAGACGUAUCGGGAGGAAGGAUGCAGGACGACCGGAUGACAGCUGCCAACAAUGCUUCUAGCAAGUAUUUCAACAGUCUGGCGUAUACUGCGGACGGGAGCUGCAUCAUCGCUGGAGGUAGCAGCAAGUACGUAUUGAUAUAUGACGUACGCGACGGCGUCAUGGUCAAGAAAUUCCAAAUCUCGGAAAACCUAUCGCUAGACGGAACACAGGAGUUCCUAGACAGCCGGAAGAUGACCGAGGCAGGGCCAGUUGACACCCUCGACCUGCGGGGCGAUGAGGAAGACCUGAACGACCGAAUGGACAUUACGCUACCGGGAGCGCAGCGGGGCGAUCUGUCGAAACGUAAAUACCGAAGAGCAGCCAGGACGAUGUGCGUCAAGUUUUCACCGACCGGUCGAUCAUGGGCGGCGGCGUCUACCGAGGGACUGCUCCUCUACGGACUGGAUGAUACGACCACCUUUGAUCCUUACGACCUGGACAUCGAUAUCACGCCCGAGUCGCUGCUGGAAACUAUCGAGGAAGGGGACCACCUUCUCGCUUUGAUCAUGGCUUUCCGACUCAACGAACAGCCACUCAUCCUCCGAGCAUACGAAUCGAUCCCUGCCAGCGACAUCCGGUUGAUAGCCAGGCAGGUCCCGGAAGUUUACCUCUUGACGCUCUUGCGUUUCAUCGCCUCGCAUAUGGAAACUUCACCGCACGUCGAGUUCGACUUGUCGUGGUCGCAAGCCUUGAUGACGGCACACGGGCGAUACCUCGGGUCUCGGUCGGGCGAGUUUGCCAGCGUGUUCCGGUCGCUGCAGCGGAGCGUGACCGAGUUUGAGCAGAGCAUCACCCGGUUGUAAGUCCAUCUGGGUCGCCCUCUCGAAUGGGUAUAAGCUGAUAAUCGUUACAAAUUUGCCGAACCCGACAGAUGCAACGACAACAACUAUGCUCUGAGCUACGUCAUCUCGCAUGCCACGAA